CUUUGAGGAGCUGUGACUCAUCCAGUUCCUGCUCCGUCCAGUCAGAGCGCGGCUUUAUUCUCGGAAUCAUCCCCUCCUGCGCGUGUGGAGACCAACUUCUGCGUCGGGAGCGCGGAUCGCCGUCCCGGGACCUGAUCCUGGAAUGACCCAGAGCCACAGACGGAACCUUUUUACCUCAGUGGGACAUGAAACAUGCGAAGCCUCAGUCAGAGAGUCUCAGCCGGCACCAAACUCAAACACGCGCCAACUCCCUUGGCGCGUUUCGGUUGUUCCUCCACUGAGCGCACACUCAUCCAGCAGAAACAGCAGAAACAGCAGCAGCAGCAGCAGCCGUGACCAUGACUCCAGCUCUGCCCGCCUCUAAAGCCAUCUACAUCGGGAUGGAGGUGGUGAUCGCGGUGUCCUCGGUCAUCGGCAACGUGAUGGUGGUGUACGCCGUGCGCAUUAACAGAUCUCUGAGAGACACCACCUUCUAUUUCAUCGUCUCCCUGGCCUUGGCUGACAUUGCAGUGGGUGCUCUGGUCAUCCCGCUCGCCAUCACCAUCAGCAUCGGACUGAAGACGCACUUCUACAGUUGCCUGCUGGUCGCCUGCACUGUGCUCGUCCUCACGCAAAGUUCCAUCCUGGCGCUGCUGGCCAUCGCCAUCGACCGCUACCUGAGAGUUAAAAUACCCAUGAGCUACAAGCAGGUCGUGACCCCUCGACGAGCCGGCACGGCCGUGUUGUUGUGUUGGCUGGUUUCCAUCAUAGUGGGCCUCACGCCAAUGCUCGGCUGGAAUAACCUGAAUCGUCUCCGUAACGGCUCCCUGAUCACCGAUGACCUUGUGGUGACCUGUGAGUUUGAGACCGUCAUCAGCAUGGACUAUAUGGUCUACUUCAACUUCUUUGGCUGGGUGCUGCCCCCUCUGUUGCUCAUGCUGGCCAUCUAUGUGGAGAUUUUCUACAUCAUACACAAGCAGCUCAACAAGAAGGUGACAGCGAGCCACACAGACCCGAGGCGUUACUUUGGCAAGGAGCUGAAACUGGCCAAGUCGCUGGCGCUUGUUCUUCUCCUCUUCGCGGUCAGCUGGCUUCCUCUACACAUCCUCAACUGCAUCACUCUCUUCUGCCCGGCCUGCGACAAGCCAAUGUUCCUCAUAUACAUCGCCAUCAUCCUCAGCCACGGCAACUCCACCGUCAAUCCCAUCAUUUACACGUUCCGCAUCAAGAAAUUCCGCACGGCGUUCCGCAAAAUCUGGAAACAGUACGUCCUCUGUCAGGAUCAAGUGGGUCGGCUCCCUCAAAGGGGGAGCCGGAGAGGACAGAGUCACGAGAGUCGGCUGAAGCAGAUUUAUGACGAUGACGAUGAUGUGUGAGCUUUGCCAACUAAUUGCGUUGCUGUGUCGCUGCAAAGUUUCACUCCAGUGGCUGCAGAAUGGAAAGGACACUUGAGGGGUCGUAAUUGCCCUAAUGGCAGCGAAGGAUGUCGGAGGGAUUACACGGAUUUUCCUCCUUCCAACAUGCUUCAAGAGGACAUAUCAGCGACGGUGACCGAGCUGUGCGAUCCUCAAUCAGACUUUGAUUUAGACUGAUUGUUUUACCGCUGGAUGAAAAAAAAACAAAAAACGAUUGUUUCAUACGGGACAAGGGGCUUCUUUUCAGUUUCAACAUAAAUCUGUUGAACUUGAACCAGUAAGUGUACUGUAUAUUGUAUCUGUAGCACAUUAUGAUACAAUGAUGAUGUAUCGUUACAAUCUUAUCUGUACUUAAACUUAAACUCAUGCCUUUUUUCAAAUAGUUAAAGUUGUAGUGUAUAACUUUUAGAUAUAAACAAAUGUCUGUGAAAUGCAGACCACAGUGAUUAUUAAGCCUUUCAGCUUCCACAUGAAUCUCUCUCCGUGUUUCUUGGUAUAUCUGUGUUUAGAUCCCUCACUGCACACAGGAAGUGAUUCGCUUUUUAUGUCAAGACAGACGUUGGAGUGUGAAAACAUUAAGUGGCCAUGUAAAGGGGAUUCUACUGCUCAAAAAAAACUCUUGCUCAUUCAUCUGAUAGUUUUGCCUGACAGCGUGUUUUUAGAUCAUAGAAAGGAUCGUCUCGUCCUCGUUUAUAUUCAGGAAAACUGUAUUAAAAGGCAUGUAAUCAUGUAAACAACAGCGACAGAAACAAUGACCAAACGUUACGCACUGUAGCUUUAACCACUGCAUUCACAUCUGCUAUUUUCUGUGGCCUUAUGACAACGAGAAACUAAAGAAGAAGAAGAAAUGAGCACUGUGCAAGACGUAAGCAGGAAUCUGGUAAACCAGAGAUGUCAGAUGGACACAGGAUGAAGGAAGACAUGAAAAAAAAAAGAAAAAAAAAAGUUGGUGUAAAUAACAAGAUGUUGUUGUGACGAACCUCUGGUUUACCAACUAUGUUUCAGACUCAUUGCUUUUACACACGUGGCCUGUGGUGCAUUCGCACGUGAAAGCAUCUAAACCAACAGUCUAACAGACUAAUACUAGCUAACAUGAGUUCAUAUAACUUAUACUAUCUUGAUUGUAGACUUACCAUGGACUCAUAAAAUGAGUCCAUGGUAGAACACAUUCUACACUAUGGUUGUCAUUAACGACCGUAGAGGACAAGUGUGAAGUCCUGCCGAAAACUGCUGUAGCUCCAACAGAAGACUGUGACGAAGGAUGGUGGAGGAUCUCCAUCCACAUUUCAUUCACUUCAUUUCAUCAUGUAAUGUACAACAGAGGCAUAAACAGUAUAUCCAUCAGGCCUCUUUGUUUUUCAACUGUUAGUGUAGACCAAUAAUACAUCAGCUGUAUAUAAAAUACACUUAAUAAAGUUUUUGGGUGAUGGAAAAAGCACCAUUGAAGCAAAUUUAUGGAACAUCGGGGUUAUCUUUCUGUGGAGGUGUGUGUGUGUGUGUAUAUACUUAUAUUUAUACCUAUGUGAGGUACAAAAAACAUAGAACCUUUCUUUGUGGGGACAUUUUGACCUUGUGGGGACAGUAUAGACAUUUUGUCUGGGCCCCCCAACUUUAAAGGGCCUUUUGUCUGGGUUAAGACCUGGUUUUAGGGUUAGGGUUUGAAUUGGGUUCAGGUUAAGGGUUAGGGUUAUGCAUUUACUUGUGUUAAAUUAAGGUAAGGGGUCUAUGAGUGUCCUCAUUAAGAAUUAUGUGUGUGUAUAUACAUCAAUUUGUUACCUCUUUAGGACCUUUUCUGGCAUAAACACUGACCUUAUUAGGACAAGUCCUUCAUGGGGACCAAAAACCUGGUCCUAAUAAGGUACAACCUCAUCGCUGAGGCACUGGUUAAGCUUAGGGCUAAUUUUUGGGACUAAUUCGCAGGACUCUGUGUGUGUGUGUGUGUGUGUUGAGACUGCCACAAUGACUUUCCCACAUCUAUGUGCACUCUUCUCCUUCUUCACAUCACACUGGUGCACAUUUCCAGUGGCAGUGUGAUCUGCAGCUGGUGAACUGCAGCCUCUGUGACAUUAAAUUAAAAGGAUCCUCUGCUCCAUCCUGUUUUUGCAACAGCAAUACUGAUCAAAUAUUCAAGUCACACAUGGGGAAGAUUGUGGAUGCCCUGGAUUUGGUGACCCAAGGUCACGCUGUGCAUUCAUAUAGAAAAUGACUUUCCGUUUAUUGAAAUAAAAAAAAUAUAUAGAUACAAAGUACUUCUUGGAAAACAAAUUGUAUUUCUUGUCUGCGUGAUAGGGAGGCUCUGUCCUCUUAGACCUUGACCUUCUCAACAGUCGCUCUAAUUGAUCGACUGACAUUUUACCCUCACCCUAUGAUAGGAAAAAAACAAGGUCGACUAGUGCAUCUGAAAUAUUGAUUGUACCUCAAUAUUUACACGAUUCAAAUGAAAAAUCGUGAUGCGAAUGUGAACUUCACCGAGAGACACUUUAAUGGGAAUUGUCAAUUAUUCAUUCGUUCAUUAAUUUUUUUACUCCUUUAUCCUCCACAUGAGGGUCACGGGAGGCUGGAGCCAAUCCCAGCUGACAUGGGGGCGAAAGGCGGGGUCACACCGUGGACAGGUGGGAUGUGGUGUCGGAAGUGGCGUACUGAGGGCCGUAGUAAC